AUGAUCAUCAUACCAUUAUGCAAUUUUCAAAGGACCAUUCUCCGCCUUCAGACCGUGGGGCGAGUGCACUAUUCUGCCGGCGCUGAUCUCUCUUCUUCUCUCUCUUCUCAACUUCGCCAUUUGCACAACUUUCACUAUCUCGCUUCUAAGUUUUCGUCUACUAGACACAACUCAAAGCCCCGCUUGAAGAGGUUCCUGAACUCGCUUCUAUCGUUACCACAGCACUCGUCCAAUAUGUCCGACAAAGAAGGCGCUGCUCCUCCCACCGAGCACCUCAACAUUAAGGUGACCGAUAACAACAAUGAGGUUUUUUUCAAAAUCAAGCGCACAACGCAGCUAAAGAAGCUCAUGGAUGCGUUCUGCGAACGCCAAGGAAAGCAAAUGUCCACUGUCCGGUUCUUGUUUGACGGCACCCGGGUUCGCCCCGAAGAUUCGCCCGAGACUCUCGAUAUGGCAGAUGGUGAUACCUUGGAGGUUCAUCAAGAACAGAUUGGAGGUUGCUAG